AUGACUAGGACAAGCUUGUCUCGACAUAGCAUCCAAACUAGACAAGUUUCAACGUUAGCUGCAUUAGGAGUAUCUCACACAAUACAUUUUGCAGCCCGUUGGUUUUUAUUGUGUGGUGCUGCUAUGAAUCACGUAAUCGAGUCUAAAGCAUUGCGUGAAAACUAUUUUGUAAGUUUUUAUGAAAGACGCCAAAAUAUGGUAAGAAUGGUAUAUGCUAGUGAUGCUACAAGUAUAGUAAAUUUAAGAAUGAAUAUAUAUGCUUUUGAAACACUUUGUGAGAUUCUUGAGACUAGAGGGGGGCUAUGUAGUACGAAAAACAUUGAAGUGGAUGAACAAGUUGCAAUGUUCUUACACAUACUUGCGCAUAAUCAGAAAAUUCGAGUAAUCGGAAACAGUUUUCAGAGGUCCAAUGAAACAAUAAGUCGGUAUUUCAAGCUAGUCUUAAAUGCGGUAUGUCAACUACACAAAGACUUUUACAAGACCCCAAUCCCUGUGCCAGAUAAUGAAUUAGACGAGAGAUGGAAGUGGUUUAAGGGUUGCCUAGGAGCAUUAGAUGGAACAUAUGUUAAGAUUAGGGUCCCUGCUAGUGACCAAAAAUCUUACCGAUCACGAAAGGGUGAUAUCUGUACUAAUGUUUUCGGUGUUUGUACAAGAGACCUUCAAUUUACCUAUGUGUUGGCGGGAUGGGAGGGUUCGGCAGCGGAUAGUCGAGUGCUUCGCGAUGCUAUUAGUAGGCCAAAUGGCCUUAAGAUACCAAAUGGAACGUACUACCUUUGUGAUGCCGGUUAUGCUAAUGCCGAAGGUUUUUUAACUCCUUAUUAUGGUCAAAGAUACCAUCUUAAUGAUUGGAACCGUCCACCUACAACUCCAAAAGAGUUAUAUAAUAAAAGACACGCAUCAGCAAGAAAUGUCAUUGAGAGAUGUUUCGGGUUAAUUAAGAAUAAAUGGGCUAUUUUGCGUGAUGUUUGUUACCAUCGACCACAUUCCAUGGCGCGAAUAAUUAUUGCUUGUUGCUUAAUGCAUAAUUUUAUUCGCACUACAAUGAACCAUGACCCCGCUGAUGAUGAAGUAUUGGAUGAUCAUAUAGAACCUCAAGAUAACCAUGAUAAUGUUAUUAACACCGUGGAAACUUUAUCAGGAUGGAAUGACGUUAGGGAUAAUCUUGCGAAUGACAUGUUUAAUGAGUGGAAUGCAAGACGUUCUCAUUUAGCCCAUUAG